AAGAACCUCCAAACUGAUGAUCGAUGUCGAGCAAUUCGCUGCCGCCAUCGCAUCUCUCUAAUACAUCGCCGACGAACCCUACCGGCUAUGAUUCCACUUCGAAGAUAUCAUCGCCGGCAUCCUCCAGAGCCAAGCUCCAGAAAAGUCCUCCGAUUCCGAAUCGGUGGACUGCGAUAGAGGAUGAAGGCGAGCAAAGGAACGAGGAGGCGGUACGUAAACUAGAACAGGAGCGAACCGAAGAAGCUAAUCCUACGAUUUUGCUUGCAUCCUCUUUAGGGCUCAAUCACAUUCGGACUCGCUCGGCUUCUUCGCCUCUUCGGUUUCCGUCCUUGGCUGGCGCGUCUCCCAGUUCGAGCAAGGAUUGCAUCGGAACUGAGGAUCGAAUUGUAGUUUCAACGGAUUUGGGAAAGAGAAUAUAUGGAACUCAAAGUAAAUUAUCGAGAGCUCCUUCCCAUGCUGUUCCUCUCACGCAGGGUAACGAUGACAUAUUUGCCAAAGAAUUGCAGUCCCCGCGCGUUCAAGCAAUACUGCGCGUCACAAGUGGACGCAAGAAGAAACCUAUCGAUUUCAAAAGCUACUCUCAUGAGCUCAACUCAAGAGGAGUCAAAGCUUUCCCAGUUUGGAAACAUCGUGUAUUCGGGCAUAUCGAGGAGGUUGAGGUUGCAAUCAGAACUAAGUUUGGAAAGCUGAAGGAAGAAGUAGAUUCUGACCUAAUUGCUUUUGCCGGAGAUUUGGUGGGACUACUGGAAAAAACUUUGGGGUCUCAUCCUGAAUGUAGAGAGAGCUUGGAGGAUCUGUUAAUUGUUGCCCAACAAUGUGCAAUGAUGUCGCCCAGCGAGUUUUGGAUGAACUGCGAAGCCAUUGUUCAGAAUUUAGAUGACAGGCGUCAAGAGUUACCGAUGGGGAUUCUCAAGCAAGCUCAUACACGCCUACUGUUUAUCCUCACUCGAUGCACACGUCUCGUGCAGUUCAACAAAGAGAAUGGCUAUGAACAAGCCAUUCUGGGUCUUCACCAACUCAGUGAUCUUGGCAUUUAUAGAGAGCAAAUUUUGCAUGCUGUAGAACAUAAAUCCAUUGGUGGAGGAAACGAGAUGGCUGAGGAACAGCGAACCAAGUCUGCAGUUAAAGAACCAGACAGUCAGAUAACUCAAAUUCAAACUGAUCGGAAUGUGAAUACUGCAACUGACACUUCCAGAAGUGGUGAUUCAACUGGAAGCGGCUAUAAGAUUUCAUCCUGGAAAAAGUUUCCUAGUCAUAUUGAGAAAAAGAGUGAAUAUAAAGGUCAGGAUGCCGAAGAUUUGCCGUCGAAGGAAGAACAGGAUCAGGUUCAUGUCAAGAAAGAAAAUGUCGAAAACGUGGAUACUGAUUCAUCCAAUCCUGAACAGUCAGAACUAUCCUCCAGAGCUCAAAAGGUACACUGGGGAUUCUGGGGAGAUCCCCACAAUCUAACAUAUGAGAACUCAAUGAUCUGCAGAAUAUGUGAGGUUGAAAUACCAAUUGUGUAUGUGGAGGAGCACUCUCAAAUAUGCACUAUUGCCGAUAGAUGUGAUUUAAAAGGUCUUAACGUGAAUGAACGGCUUGAAAGAUUUGCCGAAACUAUUGAAAAGAUAAUCGAAUCAUGGACACCAAGAAGCACACCUAAAAGCACCCCAAAAAGUACCCCAAAAAGUACCGACGGUCCUGGAGAAAGCUUUGAGAAUGCGAGAGUAUCUACUUCAAGUUUGCAUGAUGAGUUCAAUGAUUUAUCUCUCGUGAGAAACAGCUUAUCUCGUCGAGGCUCAGAAGACAUGCUUGAUUCUGUUCCCGAAGCUGACAAUACUUUUAUUAAGGAUGAUCUGAACCUUUUGCCAAAGUGUCAUAUGUCUUCAGUCGGAAGCUUGACACCCAGAUCACCAUUAUUAACCCCACGAACAAGUCAGAUAGAAAUGUUAUUAAGUGGGCGAAGAACAAUAUUGGAACUAGAGAGUUAUUUCCAGAUUAACAAACUAGUGGAAAUUGCUCGUUCUGUUGCAAAUGUGAAUGACUACAGAUCUUUGAACUAUGUAAGUCGUCGCGUAGAAGAACUUAAUCUCACCAUUCAGGACAGAAAGGUCGAUGCUCUCAUUGUUGAAACUUUUGGGCGACGCAUAGAGACUCUCUUGUCGGAAAAAUAUUUAUCUCUUUGCGAUCAACUAGACAACGAAAAGGUAGACUCAUCGAAUGGCUUGGUUGAAGAAGAGAGUUCAGUGGAAGAUGAUACUAUUCGAAGCCUUCGUGCUAGCCCAAUUCACCAUUGUUCUAGGGAUCGAACCUCCAUCGAAGACUUCGAAAUAAUAAAACCAAUAAGCCGAGGUGCAUUCGGACGAGUUUUCCUAGCCAGGAAAAGAGCAACCGGAGAUUUGUUUGCCAUAAAGGUUCUGAAAAAGGCUGAUAUGAUCCGCAAAAAUGCAGUUGAAAGUAUUUUGGCUGAGCGAGACAUCCUUAUAUCAGUUCGAAAUCCCUUUGUGGUUCGAUUUUUCUACUCUUUCACUUGUAGGGAAAAUCUUUAUUUGGUUAUGGAAUUUUUAAAUGGUGGAGACCUUUACUCUCUAUUGAGAAAUCUAGGUUGUUUAGAUGAAGAUAUGGCACGUGUAUAUAUUGCCGAAGUUGUGCUUGCAUUGGAGUAUUUACAUUCCUUACAUGUAAUUCAUAGAGACUUGAAGCCUGAUAACUUGUUGAUUGGCCAAGAUGGUCACAUCAAGUUGACAGAUUUUGGGCUCUCCAAGGUUGGUCUUAUUCACAGCACGGAUGACUUAUCAACUUCAUCAUUUUCUACUGAUGAUCUUGUAGGAAAUGAUGAACCAAAAAAAGAUCGUUCUUCAAAAGUCGAACAACGUCAAAAGCAGUCAGUUGUUGGCACCCCAGAUUAUUUGGCACCUGAAAUACUUCUCGGCAUGGGACAUGGUGCAACUGCAGAUUGGUGGUCUGUGGGUAUCAUCCUUUAUGAGCUCCUUGUGGGUAUUCCACCAUUUAAUGCAGAACAUCCGCACCAAAUUUUUGACAAAAUAAUUAACAGAGACAUACAGUGGCCAAAUGUACCUGAGGAGAUGAGCUAUGAAGCAUGUGAUUUGAUUGACAAAUUACUCGCAGAAAAUCCGGUCCAAAGAUUGGGAGCAACAGGAGCUGGUGAGGUUAAAAGUCACCCUUUCUUUAAGGACAUUAAUUGGGAUACCCUAGCAAGACAGAAGGCUGCGUUCAUACCAGCAGCUGAAAAUCAUGACACAAGUUAUUUCAUGAGCCGCUACAUUUGGAACCCAGAGGAUGAACAUCUUACUGGAGGUAGCGAUUUUGAUGACCUGACUGAUUCUUGCUUCAGUGGUUCAGGCAGCGACUUUAUAGAUGAAGAUGGGGAUGAAUGUGGUAGCUUAGCAGAUUUUAGUGGACCACCUCCUGAAGUGCAGUACUCAUUUAGUAAUUUCUCUUUUAAGAACUUGUCUCAGUUAGCAUCUAUCAAUUAUGAUUUGGUGAUCAAGAAUGCCAAAGAAUCAUCCGAUGAUUCCAAACCAUCUGCUUCGUGACAAAUCUGGAGGGUGAAGUUCCACCUUAUACAGCUUUGUGAUUUUAGAAGGGACUUCAAUCAGGUGAUUCCUCAGAGAAAAAAGAUAAAAAUUUCUUUGAAAUUGCAGUAGUCUGGAGUGCACACUGGUCUGGCUUAUGUUAGAAUAGUAUCGUGUUGCUCCCUGAAUAUAUGUGGGUCUCAUUUCAAAGGCAAUAUGACUUGUGUGGCUCAUGAAUUUACAUUUCUUGUUUACUGUCACACUUCACUUCAGUAUAGGGAUAUUGAGAGUGAAACUGCGAGCAAAUCUUUUCUUGCGCGCACACAUACACACGCAAAUUGGAUGUUCUUCUCUUAGCAGCUUGGGGUUUAAUUUCUUGUGGUGACACUUCGGAAGUAAAACAUUACUAUUAGGUCAAUAUAAAUGA